UGACGUCAACAGCGCCUUGCAACAAGAGGGGUUUCCUCCUAUUUCUAAUAAACCCACUCACGACGACAUGAAGGUCAUUGACUGCUAUGAAGAAUGUUCCUUCUUCAAAGACCUUCGGCCAUUGUUCUGGAGUCUUAGACUAACAGGUCUGUUCUUCCAGAGAAGCGAGACCAGUGCAGGAAAGUUCAUUAUAGGAAAGUGGGCGGUAGUGUGUGCAGUGGUAUGCGGAAUCACAUUAGGGAACAGUAUUAGAUCCUUUCUCGUGUUCAAGAGGGGAGAACCUUUUGAUGAAAUCUUGUUUUUUAAGCUUGAACUAUGCAUUUGGUCGCUGGAGGGUUUUUCUAAAGCGGCUGUCAUGUUUUUGGCUUCUUAUAAGAAGGAUUUACUUCCCUUGUUCUUUAAGCUGUGGCGGGAAAUUUGUAAAGAUAAGAAACCGGAUAAAUUUCUCAAGCUUGUCAUGAAGAAGGCAAUCCUGCUGAGCUGGAACUUUUCUAUAGUAAACACCAUCGGCGUUGCUGUCACCUUUUUCUUUGUCCCGGACCUUGAGGAACUGUUUCUGAAUGCCACGCUUCCGGGCGCAGCUGAAGCGGACAUGAAACUGCCUUACAAAAUAAUGAUGAUUGUUUUGGUGUAUUUCGCUUCCUCUGUAGCCAUAUCGUCGGUAUCUCUGCUUAUUGUUAUGUCCUUGGCUGUAUCUCGGGAGUUUUUUGUCAUCAACAAGGAACUCUCGUCUCACAUCUCGUCUGACGGGAAGUUCUCAGCGGAGCUGGAGGAUUAUCGUCUGCGCCAUCAAGGCGUGUGUCGUCUGGUGGAGGUCCUGGACGACAUCUUUAUGAUCAUGAUCGCCUUCGUCUUCAUGUCCAACAUCCCCUUGUGCUGCGUCAUCCUCUACAACAUCAUCUACACCAGCAGACACUUCUCCAUCCUCCUGCUCAACGUGUUUUGGCUGUGCUUCCUCACCUUCCACAUGAUCGUGGUCGCCGUCGUCUGUGCCUACAUCAACAUGGGGGCCCAUGCCCCACUUUCAGUCAUCUACAACAUCAAGGCGGACUUUCUCAAAGAUCGACCUCUGGAGCUGACGCUGUUUCUGAAUCGGUUGACUGGCUACGACAUCGGGCUGUCCGCACUGAAGAUGUUUGUCAUUAACCGACCAGCCAUCCUAACUGUGAUUGGCAUGCUCAUCACUUACUUCGUGCUUCUGGUCCAGUUCAAAUCCCCUGUCUCCUCGAGCUGCACGUGCUCUUUCAACUCUACAGGUGCAACGUGGAACGGAACGCUCACACCCACGUGAUCGUCAUGCGCAACACGUAUGAUCAAGUAACACGAGAUUCUGCCCCACGUUUCAUAGCUGCGUUAUUGAAACAUUUUAGCUCGUUUGAAUUUGGCGCCAAUGCAAUAUGGAAAAGUGCCACAGGGACGCAUUCAAGAGUAUCCAGUGUAUUUUAACUCUAUUCUAUUAUGAUGAACAUCGUGGACCCAUUCGCCAACAAACCUUCGUUUCGGAAGUGACGUCAUCAUCUCGUUCUUACCACUAACGAAGCACUCAAUGUUUCACAUUGAUCAGCUAUUUUUAGCGGCGUGUAUUUAUAAUACGGUCCAAAUCGAAGCUGGCGAGUUUUUAGCCGAACAGAAUGGAGAUAUACUCCACUGGAUAAUCGUGGAUGACAGGAGCGGUAGUGAGAGCACUUACUUCAGCUGCAUCAGCUGUUUUGAAAAGAAGAUGUUACGAUGUGUUCAUAAAAGUUUGGUUUCAUUGAGAUCGUUUCAAAGUUCAAAUUAA